GUUCACGAAACGAUAUCGUGGGCAACACGUGGACAUCACAUGAAUGACGUAAUGGCAUUUGCGCAAGCCGCAAGCGAAAAUGGCGGAAAAUAUUCUACGCGAAGCAGAAGAACUUUUUGAGAAAUAUUUCAAAACUAAGCCUUCCGUUGCGGCAUUCGCACCGGGAAGAGUGAAUUUAAUUGGCGAGCAUACUGACUAUAAUGACGGAUUCGUGUUACCUAUGGCUAUUAGUUUGAUAACAGUUAUUGUUGGCAGUCCAGUUGACGGUUCUCAAUGUCAAGUUGUGACAUCCGCUGAUGGAACUGAUGAACCUAAAUUUGUAACAUUCACCAACCAUUCAGAAAAGCCACUUGCUCCGGGUGAACCGCUGUGGGCAAAUUAUGUGAAAGGUGUCAUUGCUAACUUUGGCUUCAAAACACCAUCGUUCAAUGCAGCCAUUGCAAGCUCAGUUCCCCUCGGAGGUGGUUUAUCAAGUUCUGCUUCCCUCGAGGUCGCAACAUGCAUGUUCUUAGAACAGUUGUGUCCAGAAAGCAAGAACCGUUCACAGAAGGACAAGGCAUUGCUAUGCCAGAAAGCUGAACAUGAGUUUGCAAACAUGCCUUGCGGUAUUAUGGAUCAAUGCAUAUCUGUGAUGGGGCAGGAAGGUCAUGCUCUGUUGUUGGAUUGCAGGUCAAUGGAAACCAAAGCUGUCCCAUUGAAUGACCCCAAUGUCGCUGUUGUUGUAAUCAAUUCAAAUGUAAAGCAUAAUUUAGCAGAUAGUGAAUAUCCGAAGAGAAGAAAGUGUUGCGAAGAUGCUGCAAAGACGCUUGGUUUAAACAGUCUUAGAGAUGCUUCGCUUGCUUUGUUAAAAGCUAAGAAAUCAGAGCUUGAUGAAGUGACAUACUCACGUGCUCGCCAUGUGAUCACAGAGAUACAGAGGACCGAAGAGGCUGUCGCAGCCCUGCAGAACAAUGACUAUAAAUUGUUUGGUAGCUUAAUGGUCCUAAGUCAUGCUUCUCUAAGAGAUGAUUAUGAAGUCAGUUGUACUGAAUUAGAUCAACUUGUAAAACUUGCCCUGGAGGUUGAGGGUGUUUAUGGAUCACGAAUGACAGGAGGUGGUUUUGGAGGAUGCACAGUGACCUUGGUUAAGAAAUCAGCUUUACAGGAACUAAUCAGUCACGUCAAGGCUGGCUACGACAAGGCAACGAUUUAUGUCACAAAUCCCGCUAAAGGAGCUGGACCACUGACUGUUUGACAAUAUUGGACAAUUAUUUAAUUCUAAUUUUUUAUUCCUUCUAAUUGAUAAUUCUAAUUCUUCGUGAUCGUGCGUAAUGGGUAACCCAAUGUAAACGUAAAGUAAAUGACUACUUUUUCUAACGAAUGACUUAAAAUACAACACGCUCUAAGAGAGUGUCUAAACAUUCA